AUUCAGUAGUGAAUAGGACAAAUAGAUGUAUAAUAAUUAAAAAUGACACCUGAUGAUAAUAAUAAAGAUCAGUUAACGGAAGUUAUUUAUAAAGCUACCGUUCAAACAAAGUGUCCACAAAAAUUAAAAGUAGAUUAUUCAAAGAAUACAACAAAUUUUCUUUACUUCUCCUCUCUGUCAUCAAAUUUGGCACAAUUAACAUGCGGAAUGAUGGCUUCAUGGAUCUCACCUAUAUCCGAAAAGCUACUAAUCGAUAGAUCUGAACUGAAUCCAUUAGGAGUAUCAAUUACCACAGUACAAUUAGCUUUACUAGGAGCAUCGCAAUCAAUAGGAUCAUUUAUUGGACCUCUUCUAUUAUCAAAAUUAUUCGACAUUUUUGGUAGAAAGAAAUGCUUGACCGUAUUGUAUUUUAUCGUGACAAUUUCCAUUGUUACAUUAGCAUAUUCGACUGAUUUAAUUAUUUAUUAUGCUUCCUUAUUUAUAUGUGGAGUGUGUGUUGGUGGAGUAAAUGUAGGUCAACCAGUAUACAUAAGUGAAAUAUGCGAAGAUCAUAAUAGAGGCAAAAUGUCUUGUCUUGGAUUCGUUGGAUAUCCCUUGGGAACUGUGAUUUGUUUCCUAAUUGGUCCAUAUUUAUCUUUCAAAUAUUUUACUCUAUUGUGUGCUCUCCCAAUCGCUAUUAACGCCCUCUGUUUUUUAACUAUAGUACCAGAAUCGCCCAUUUUUUCAGUUAAAGUGCAUGACAUAAGAGGAGCAAAACAAAUUUUACGAAAACUCAGAGAUAAAAGCUGCAAGGAAAUCGAACUGGAGAUUGAUAAAAUUCAAUACGAGUUACAAGAAACGACUAACUCUAAAGGAGGAUGUUCACAAAUAUUAACGGACAGAAGUUCUAGAAAUGGUUUAAUAAUUGCUUUGGGUUCGUAUAACUUAUUUAAUAUCAGUGGUAUGGCUGCGCUUACAGCAUAUUUACAACCAGUUUUUAAUAAAGUCGAAACCAGUAUUUCAAGUAAUAUUUGUGCAGUGUUUGUUUCGACUGUUCAAAUAUUAUGUUACAUCGCAGCUGCUUCUGGUGUUGAAAGAUGGGGACGCAGGAAUAUACUCCUAUUCUCUGUUUCGGCCAGUAUCAUUCCCCUGUUUAUUAUUGGACUUUAUUUUCAUUUAAAGCUGAAGGGCUACGCCAUUGUUGAGAGCUGCAAUUGGAUACCGGUUGCUGGAAUAGGUAUUUUUACUGUUGUAAAUGGUUUCGGUACGGCAAGUGUACCUGUAGUGAUAAUGAACGAAUUUUUUACAAAUCAAGUAAAAGCGACUGCAACGUCCAUUAUUGUUUUAGUUUCUGGCGUUGUUACUGCUUUAAAUCUCUUUGGUUUUCCGAUUAUUAUGGAAUCGGUAGGUCUAGGGUGGUGUUUCUGGAUUUUUACGUCAAAUUGCAUCGUUGGAAGCAUUUUUGUUUAUUUUUUUCUGCCCGAAACUAAAGGGAAGAAUCUUUUGGAAAUCCAACAAAUAUUAAAACAACUAAUACAAAAAUCUUAAAUUUUUAAAAGUGCACCCUCUAAAUUUUUUUAAUUAAAGGACGAGGCACGGAUUACAAGAAGUUAUGGACUGCUGUAAAUCUUUACCAUAUUUAAAUAUUUUAAAGGUAGGGGAGGUUGGGGCAAUAGCGCACCAAAAAUUUCAAAAUUGAUUUUGAUUGCGAUUGAUCUAAAAUAUAACGUAGAGACUUGUACACAUAAUUAACCACGAUAUUAAUUUGAUACUCACAUAUUUCAGUUGUUAUUAUCAAGUAAAUAAAAAUUAUUAUUAAAAGUUUAAAAUUUACACGAACAACGCUAUUGCCCCAGUCUCUUGGGGCAAUAGCAUUUUUCCAUGGGGGCAAAAGCGAUUGAUAGGGGUUAUAGCGCUGUAUCGAUUUUAACAUUGAUAGGAGCUUAUAAAUCAAUAUAAAAUUUUAUUCAAAACUCAAAUAAGUACAAUAACCUGUUUUAUUAUUACUAAGUAACAGUUUAGGGAAAACAAUAAUAUGCUGUACCUACCUAAAACAUUGUAUACCCAUGACAACAAACAUAAAAUGUGUAUUCUAUCUGAUGAAUAACAACAAAAUUCUUACAUUAUUCAAUCCUUAGAUUUCCAAAACAAACCCUAAACAAUAAAUGUGACUGUUGUCUUUUCGUGCUACCGUUUAACCUUGGUUCAGGUAAUUUCAUUUUUAUGUCCUUUUUAGAGACAAGUGAUAUGUCUAAGGCUUGAGGAAGAUAAAAAACAUUAUCCAAUUUUUUACUUUUUCUAAAGAACGAAACCUCAAAUUCUCCAUUUUCUUCAUCUGUUAGAACACGACCCACAUAGUACACUUUAGUGUGUUGACUUGGUUUAAAUUCCACCAAAACGUAAUCCAG